GUCUCCUAGCAACCGGACGCCUGGCGCGGCCUAGGCAGAGAGGAGGCAGCCAUGGACCAGGCAGUCAUCGCCAUCCCCUCCACCAUAGAAAGGGAAGACCCGGAGCGUUUAGAUUCGAUACUCACGGCCUCGAAACCAACCCAAAAGACUUCAGCUUUCAAAAGAGAAGGAUGGUGGAGAAUAGCGUUAACCAAUACUCCAAUACCUGGCACUUACCACUUGAAAACUUUUAUUGAAGAAUCCCUAUUAAAUCCAGUGCCAGCAACCUACAAUUUUAAAAACGAAGGAAGGAAAAAGCCACCUCUUGUGCAAAGAAACAAUCCAGUCCUAAAUGAUCUUCCACAGUACACGCCUCCUGACUUCCUGGACCUGUUAAACAAGCAAGUUGCUACUUAUUCAUUCAAAGACAAACCACGGCCAAGCCCCAGCACACUAGUUUAUAAAGAUCAGUCACUUCAGCUUUCCCCAGGGCAAUACGAUGUGCUUCCUGCACCAGUUCCCAAGUAUGCUUCCAGGAGCUUCGUAUUUCGUUCUACAGUUCAAAGAUUCCCAACGAGCUACUUCAUUCCUCAUGAAGGCCCGGGACCAGGUCAUUAUGACUUGAAAAUACCUCCAACAAAUUCUAUUACUUCUUGUUUUCAAUCCAAAGUGCCUCGACUGUUGCCCAGCUAUUCAAAAACCCCAGGCCCAGGAGCAUACACAGCUUCAAGACAAUUCCCCAAGCAGUCUCCGACCAUAGCCAGAAUGGGCCGAGAGCAUAGCCUUUUCUUCAACAACACAAUUGGCUUUUAAAAUAAAGCAAUCUUGGAGCCAAGCUA